AUGGCCAUUGCACCUGUCCGCAGUCACACACCCCCUCAGCUCUACGCGCCCAUCAGCGAGGGAAAAGAGCGGGAGAAACCGUUGGCGGUUGAGGGGGCCGGCGGGCGGAUGGCUCUGUGGCGCGGCGGGGCCUUCGUCUCGCUGGCGGUGGCGCUGGCCGUCACUCUGGAGGCGCUGGCCGAGUGGCUCGUGAGGCGACGGCAGCGGCGGGAGGCGCGCGAAGUCCUCUUCUUCCCGGCGGGCAUCACCUGCGUGGAAAGGCUGCUGGCGGCGGCCGAGAGGGAGGCGGAGGGGGUCGAGGGCGUCGGCCUGUUCCCCCCGCGCUGCUCCUGCCCGCUCCCCCACGAAGACGAGGGCCCCUUUGGCCGCCUCCUGGGCCGCCUCCUCGGCGCCCGCCCCUCCCUCCAGCUCUGCCUCUUCGCCUUCUCCAGCCCGCAGCUCUGCCGCGCCGUCCUCGUCCUCCACCGGCGGGGCGUCCGCAUCCGGGUCGUCACCGACGCCGACUACAUGGCCCUCCGGGGCUCCCAGAUCGGCAUCCUCCGCCGAGCCGGGAUUCAGGUACGUCAUGAUCAGGACAGUGGCUACAUGCACCAUAAAUUUGCCAUCAUAGACAAAAGGUUGCUGCUCACUGGCUCCCUCAACUGGACCACACAAGCCAUCCAGCAGAACAGGGAGAAUGUUUUGAUACUGGAAGAUGCAGAGUACGUGAAACUUUUUCUAAAGGAAUUUGAAAAGAUUUGGGAAAAUUAUAAUCCAGCUAACUAUAUAUUCUUCUCCAAAGAAGAGGUACCAAAAAAGGACAAACAUAAGCCUGAGACAGAAAGGCAGUUUAACAAAUGA